CUCGAUUUCUCUUUCCCUCGCCUUAUCAUCUACUCCAACCAGAACCUUCUAGAAACAACAAAACCUAACUCUCUAUCUUUCUCUCUUUUCUCCUGUGAAUUGCGAGAUCAACGUGCUGGCUUCCUCUGUGUACGGUGUUGGCCCUUGGCCCGGCGGCGUGUGGUAUCUAGGGCUUAACAGUCCAGUAAUACACGUAGUUCUAUCUGUUUGUUUGUUUGCUGAGAAAAUCUCACCAUUUCUUUUCAGCAGAAAGGAACCGUGGUUGUUUUCUUUCAGCUGUUUUUGUUGAAUCUGAUAUAUGAGUAUGAUAAAUUAAUUCCACCCAGGACGCCAAAGAAUCUGUCACAAUAGCUGCCUAUUCUUUAUGUUUUGGAUCUGAGACCGAACCGCAUGAUGCCAUCGCCGGUAGAACAAACCGGCGAAUCAGUCUCAACUGGAGGAGGGGUAGGAGACUCUCAGAGAUCUCUCCCAACUCCGUUUCUCACAAAAACUUAUCAGCUUGUUGAUGAUCCUUCCGUCGAUGACCUGAUUUCCUGGAACGAGGACGGAUCGACCUUCAUCGUCUGGCGGCCCGCUGAAUUCGCCAGAGACUUGCUCCCGAAGUACUUCAAGCACAACAAUUUCUCUAGCUUCGUUCGCCAGCUCAACACCUACGGAUUUAGAAAGGUAGUGCCGGAUAGAUGGGAAUUUGCGAACGAUUGCUUUAAGAGAGGAGAAAAAGGUUUACUUCGUGAUAUUCAACGCCGGAAAAUCUCUCCGAUGGGAGUCACGACAGCAGCUGCAGCUACGGUGACCGUUGCCGCAAUUCCUCCGGUAGCGCGUGCGGUUUCCCCUGCAAAUUCGGGCGAGCAGCAAGUUAUCUCAUCGAAUUCGUCGCCGGCUACGACACAGGUUGCUACUCCGAUCCUCCAAAUAACAAGCUGUACUACGACACCGGAGCUUCUAGAAGAGAACGAGAGGCUGAGGAAAGAGAAUGCGCAUUUGAGCGAGGAGUUAACUCGGUUGAAGGGCUUGUGUAAUAAUAUAUUUUCAUUGAUGUCGAAUUACGCUUCUGGUCAAUUGGAAGGUCAUUGCAAUUUGCCGGAGGGGAAGCCUUUAGAUUUGAUGCCUUCGACGAAGAUGGUGAUGCGGGCUGACGAAGUGGCUGUUAGCGGUGGCACGAAGGCCGUAGUGGCGACGGUGGCGGCAGAAGACGAUGUGAGCCCAAAGCUGUUUGGAGUUUCCAUUGGGGUUAAGCGCGUGAGAAGGGAUGAGGAGGAGGAAGAAGGGAACGAAGGGAAUAAGCAUCAAGAACAAUCGCAGGACAAUGAGACUGGGUCCGACGUAAAAUCAGAGCCGUUGGAUGGUAAGACUGGGCAAAGUGAGCAUCACGACCCUUCGUGGCUAGAGCUGGGAAAUGAUGGUUAAUUUUUGUGAUUGGAUUUUGAUUAUUUGAUGGGAGUUUGGAGAUGAACAGUGGCUCGUGACGUAAUAUGUGGCCACCACAGAAAAGGAUGGCGAUAAGAGUGAGAAGAGCUGGGUGAUAAAGGACACGUGUCGUUUGAAAAACAAUUCAUUCUGGUUCCUUCUGGAAGUGGGUUUUACCUUCUGCGGAAAGUGAAUGGUCGCCGUCUGUCCUUUGUGGAGACUGAAAAGUCACAUUCCACCUGUCGAGGGUGGAACUGUAAUAUAAACCCGAGAAUGUGCGAGGAGCUUCGAAAUUUCAAACGGCGUCGUGUUGGGAAAAGGAGCAAGUCUAGAUUUUCUAAUGCAGAGAAAACGACCAGUAAAAUUUGAGGAAAUAGCAUUGUCAAUCUUCAAUGGCUACCUUGUUGAGAAAAAUCAUAGAAGCUAGUAGUAGUUUUAACACAAAAUUGGGUAAAUCCGAUGUUGCGCAUAACGUGCGCAUAUGCACAUGCGGUGGUUCAGGUUAACCAGAAGGUAGAUAGGUAGAAAAUAUCUUGUAGACGAUGAAGAUAUUUAUGUGGAAUCGGAUGGGGAACAUUCUUAUGCAGUUUAUAGCAUCUUGUGGUUUGUGACUGGUAGUAUUCGAUGCUUAAUGUAGACUUUUUCAAAGUAACUUUUCCUUUGAGUCGAUUUGCAUUUAAGACAAA